AUGAAGGAGCUUGUGGACAGGGUUCCGAGCCGUCAUCUAGCAGAUGUUGUUGCAGCCUUGGUAAAAGCAACAUUGCCCGAGAGGUUGCAGGUGCUGGAUGCCGUGGAUAUUGCAACUAGAAUCAGGGAUAAAAGCUUAAAGAACCUGCAUGACAUCGGCACUGCAGGAGUUGUGGUUCAAGUCACCGGCACCAACUGGCCUCGUCCCGCGUACACUCUGCUGGUAACAGGGAUCUGCAGGUUUCGCUUGGACUCCAUCAUCCAGGAGCACCCCUAUCCUGUGGGUGCCGUGACGCAACUCGAUGACAUCAAAGAGAUCAGCAGUGAAGGGGAUGACACGCAACUUGCCGAGCUCAUUUCAGAAUUCAAGGAAGCCGCUCGCAAGUUGAUUGAACUUCUUGAUGUAUCUGUGCCAGCCGUUGCCAAACUGAAGGAGCUUGUGGACAGGGUUCCGAGCCGUCAUCUAGCAGAUGUUGUUGCAGCCUUGGUAAAAGCAACAUUGCCCGAGAGGUUGCAGGUGCUGGAUGCCGUGGAUAUUGCAACUAGAAUCAGGGUGACACUACCUCUCCUACUCAGGCAUAUUCAAAGACUAAAGGAUGUGCGUGAAGCAGCGGGAGAUGAAACAAACAACAAGGAGAACCAGAUCGUCAAAAUCAGCAGAGGGGGGAGGAACCUGUCGCCGGACCCUGAGCUGGACGACGAUGGAGAAGACGGUAUUGCGGAGUUUGAGGCAAAGAUCAAGGAGGCGAACAUGCCUGAUGAAGCGAGGAAGGCAGCGCUGAAAGAGCUGGGCCGCUUGAAACGCAUGGCUCCCCACAUGCCAGAGUAUUCUAUGACGAGGAACUACCUGGAGCUCAUGGUGGACUUGCCUUGGUCUGCCACAGUCAAAGAGACCUGUAACAUCAGCAAAGCACGAGCAGACAUGGAUGCUGAUCACUAUGGGAUGGAGAAGGUUAAACGCCGAGUGUUGGAGUACCUUGCUGUCAGACAGCUCCGUGGUGAUCUCAAAGGACCCAUCUUGUGCUUCGUAGGGCCUCCAGGAGUUGGGAAGACGAGCAUAGCCAAAUCUAUAGCAACAACGCUUGGACGCCCUUAUCAGAGGAUAUCACUAGGUGGCAUAAGCGAUCAGCAUGAUAUUCGUGGGCACAGAAGAACCUAUAUAGGAGCCAUGCCUGGAAGAGUGAUUCAGGCUCUCAGAAAUGUCAAGGCCAAGAAUCCUGUGCUGCUUCUUGACGAGGUAGACAAGCUAGGGACAGGCAUCCACGGAGACCCAGGAGCUGCUCUCUUGGAGGUCUUGGAUCCCGAGCAGAAUUUUGCCUUCACGGACACUUACCUCGGCCUGCCAUUUGAUCUGUCGCAGGUGCUGUUUGUUGCCACUGCCAACACAUUGUCAUCAAUUCCAACACCUUUGAUGGACAGGAUGGAGGUGAUUCAUGUUCCAGGAUACACUCAGGAAGAGAAGAUUAUGAUUGGUCAGCUGCACUUGUUACCCAAGCAAUUACGAGAGCAUGGUCUUACGCCUGAUAUUAUGCAGGUGCCUCCGGAAUCAAUUGCAAUAGUCAUUGGGGAAUACACUCGGGAAGCAGGUGUUAGAACGCUGGAGAGGAAAAUAGGAGCACUUUGCAGAGCUGUUGCUGUACAAGUUGCUGAGGCCAAACCAGAGGACCAAGCCAUUGGUGAUGAAGGAGUCAAGGCAGACAUGGUGGUAGCUGAGGCCGAGGAAAAGGGAGAUGGAACACCACAGGGGGAACCACAUAAAGAAGGAGGUCCGACAGCUGGAGAGCAAGCAUACCAUCAGUCGCCACUCAUUAACCUGACCCAUUUGAAGGAGUAUUUGGACCUUCCUGUGCAAGUGGAUGCAAAGAUGAUCCAUGAUGUCCUGGGACCCCCUAUAUUCCAAAGUGGGCUAUCAGGAAGGGUGAGUGUGCCCGGGGUAGCAGUGGGCCUGGCUUGGACCCCUGUGGGUGGUGAGGUCAUGGUUGUGGAAGCAUCGCGCACUGGGGGAGAUGGUGGACUCACUCUCACUGGUCAGCUGGGUUCUGUCAUGCAAGAGUCAGCCAAGAUUGCCAUGUCAUGGGUCAGGCAGCAUUCUUUUCUGAUUGGAUUGGAAAAGGACUUCAUGAAAGACGGAGAAAUCCACAUGCACUUCCCAGCAGGGGCCAUUAGCAAGGACGGACCCUCGGCCGGAGUUACCAUCCUUACUGUUCUCGUCUCGCUCCUGUCCCAGCGCUGUGUCCGGCCUGAUGUAGCCAUGACAGGGGAGAUCACCCUCAAUGGGGUUGUCUUGCCGGUUGGCGGUAUUAAAGAAAAGGUGAUGGCUGCACACAGGGCAGGGCUUACCACGCUGGUGCUUCCUGCUGCCAACAAGAAGGACCUCGCUGAUAUUCCAAACUCAGUCUUGAAUGAAAUCGAAGUAGUACUUGUGAACACAGUGGAAGAGGUGCUUCAGGCUGCGUUUGAUGAAGGCUUCAGUGAAAUGUUUGACAGUGACAAGGAUGAAGAUUCGGUGUCAAAGUCUCCGCUGAGCAAACUCUAAGUCACAUAUUUUGUUGUUUGUUAGGACCAAGUGCUUCUUAUAUUAGACUUAGCAGAGUAGAAAAAUAAGUGUAUUUUCAAUUUCUUUGCUUCUAUAAAUUCUCUAAGAUUAUUAUUAUUAUUAUUUUUUAACAAAUGUUUAUAGACUUAUAUCAAUUUAAUGAUUAUACAUGUUCGGAAUGGAGAGUUUGUUGCAAUAUAUGGUAGGGUUAUAUAUUAAGUAAGAUUUUUCUCCUUUCAUAUUAUGUAUAGAAAGCCUUUAAUCUACAUUCACAUAUGUGUUUAACCUAUUUUUAUAUUUAAGUAUAUAUGUAAAUAAAAAGAAUAUUCUUUAUUAUUAAAAACUUAUGGGUUUGGUAUGCGUUGUAGUUAGAGAGAAAAAAAAGUAGGGAUGUAGUGAUAUAUGUAAAAAAAAAAAAAGAAAAAAAAAAAAGAAGGUAUCUGUAUAUUCAAAUUCAUAUAUUUUUUUUUUUUUUCAUGAUGUUACAGAAUUAUUAAGUUACAAAGCCAUUAUAAUGUGUUAUAUAUGUAUAUAUAUAUAUUUUUUUUUUCUUUAGAAACAAAGAAGAAUCUAAAAGAUUAAAGGGGUGAACAAGAAAGAACAAUAACGCAAAAUGAAAGGAAGAACAAGAUUUAAUGAAUGAAUGUCAAUAAUUGAGUGUGUGUAACUAAUACACAUCAUAUUAGACAUCUGUAUAUAAGUGCUGAAGGGAGAAAAUUCCAGUUUAGAACUAUUGGACUUCAGUUUGGAGUCAGAAUGCAAAAUGGACUGAUUUGGUCAGAGAAGUGGGUAAAAGAAGAAGCAAGAAAAGAGGAAAUGGAAGAAAGGAAGAAGAAAAAAAGAAAAGAAAAGAAAAGAAUGAGUGGAAGUAAAAAAACAAAAUACUGAAGAGAGAGAGGGAGAGAGAGAGAGAGAGAGAGACAGACAGAAAGGAAGGAAAAGAAGAAAAACACAAGCAUGAAAUAAACAAGAAGAAAAGGUAAUGAGGAUAACAGUAUCCAAAGAAACCAAGUCAGGAGGACAGUUUCUCUUCGACUGAACUUGGUGGAUCUUUUUUGAAAUUCCUUGAGCGUUUCUAAACACUUUCUGAGCAAAGUAAAAUCUUAAAGUGUUAUUUUACUGUGAUAUUUUGAGUCAUUGUUGCCAAACAUUACAUGGAGUUUGUUUUUCUCUUUCCUAGUUUGAAUCAUAUGGGACUAAGGAAAGCUUAUAUUAUCAUUGUCUUUUCUUUCUCUGGAGAACAUCUAAUGUCUGGAUUUGUAUAAUGAAAAUGCUAUGUAUAAUAUAAAGAGUAUCUUUAUUAAAGUUUAACAUUUU